CUACCACCUCCCCCCCCAAAAAGGUAUUCCUCUCCCACACUCUCUACUCUCCAAAAAAAAACCUCCCACUUGCACUCUCUUUUGGAGGAGUUGAUGGGUUCACCGCCGGUGAGAUUAGCACCGGUACUUCUCCUCCUCCUCCUCCUCCUCCUAACAUCAGCAGUAGUGGACGGAGCGCAGUGGUGCAUAGCGAGCAGCGAAGCAAGCGACCGAGCUCUACAGGCCGCUUUGGACUACGCUUGCGGACCCGGGUCGGCGGAUUGUCAGCCCAUUCAGCCCAGCGGGCUUUGCUACUUGCCCAACACUAUGCAGGCCCACGCCUCUUAUGCCUUCAACAGCUUUUAUCAGCGGUCUCGUGGUGCCCCCGGCGCUUGUGACUUCGGCGGCGUUGCCACCAUCACUAUCACAGACCCGAGUUAUGGAGCUUGCACUUUCCCUUCAUCAGCAAGCUCGGCAGGAGGCCCCAGAACUCCGACAACAUCAACCUCUCCCAACACAAACACUCCGAACUCAUCAGGCAUUGGCGGCGACACGACUGGCACUGGUAUCGGUGGGCUAACUCCGGUUGGCGGUCUUACUCCAGGAAACGGGCUAACUCCUAACACUGGAUUCAACUCGGGCUUUAGCCCAACAUUGCCUAAUACCGAUGACAUAUCCGGUGCCUGUUCCGUUCCGCUUCCUCUCCUACUCUUUACCUGCUUUCAUUUUUUGUUAUUGCUCCUACGGUAGGCGUGAGCAGACUUAGAUACCAAAGUUUUGUGGUAGUCUUGAUGCUGUUAUUUAUCAAAAAAAAGAAUUAGUGGGUACUCAAAGGACAUAGAAGUUAUGAGUUUUACGCUUUUGGU